CCUCCGCAUCACCUCCCGCCCUCCCCGCCUCACCGGCGGCAGGCCGGGAUGGCGGCCACGGGCCGCUGUCCCCGACAGCCCCGUCCCCGGGGCCGCGGGAACCGGGAGGAGGGACCCCACGCUCCGGUUGGCACGUGAGCGAGUGCCACCCCCGUCCCCCGUGAGCCCGGCCAUGCCCAGCGCCGCGGUACCACCGGGGGGGCUCCCCAUGAUCCCGGCCGAGGGUUCGGCGCUGCUGCGCGCCGUCUCCCAAGGGAAAUUCCGCCUGACCCGCCUGCUGCUCGAAGGGGGAGCUUACAUCAACGAGGGCAACGCCGCGGGCACCACGCCGCUGAUGGCAGCGUGCCGGGCCGGCUACGCCGAACCUCCGGAGCAGCCGCGGAUGGUCCAGUACCUGCUGGAGAACGGCGCCGACCCCAACAUCCCCGACAAAGCCGGCAAAACCGCGCUCAUGCACGCCUGUGCCGAGCGAGCCGGCCCCGCCGUGGUCGCCACCUUGCUCGCCCACGGUGCCGACCCCAGCGCCCGGGAUUACGGCGGGGGCUCGGCGCUGGUUUACGCCUUGGAGCGCGGUGACCGGGAGACGCUGCAGGUGCUGCUGGACGCGUGUCGGGAGCGAGGGCGGGAUGUCAUCAUCAUCACCUCGGCCACGUCGCCCCGAGGCACCAAGACCACCCGGCAGUACCUGAACUCGCCCCCGUCGCCCGCUCUGUGCGCGUCCCCGUCGCAGGUGCAGGUGCGGGCGGCGGCGGCGUCGCCGGGGGCCGGCGGGAGGGACGAGGAGCGCGAUGUGUUCCGCUUCCCUCCCGCCGCUCCCGCAGCUCCAGAACCGGCCCGGGCCGGGCCCAAGCGGCAGCUGAAGAGGCUGAACUCGGAGCCGUGGGGGCUGGCGGUGCCGGGGGUGGAGGGGAUGCGGGGGGGACACUCGGAGGGAAGCCCGGAGGGGACACAGGGACCCCCAGAGGGAGCACGGAGAGCUUUAGAUGAGUUACGGGGACCCCCGGAGGGGACACGGGGAUCCUCAGAAGGGUCGUGGGCUUCUCCUGAGGGGUCCCUGGAAGGGACAUCGGCCUCCCCGGAGCAGCUAGCAGCAGGGCUGGAGGGGCUGCGGUUGCGCCCGCGCCGGCACAGCGUGGAGGGACGCGAGGUCUCGGGGCUGCCAGGAGCCACCUGGGCAGAACGGGUGCCCCCCGUGCCCGCCCCGGCCCGUUGGGCUGCCGAUCCUCCACGGGGCAAAGCCCUGCGCCCCAACCCUGAGCUCGCCACCCCUCCCGGGCCGCUGCGGCACCCGGCGGGGCUGCUGGAGCGCCGCGGCUCCGGAACGCUCCCCCCGGAGCCCCCGGGCAGGGCGGGGCUGCUGCCGCCGCUGCCCCGCCGAGCGCUGCUCCGCCGGCACUCCAUGCAGCCGGAGGCGCUGCGGCACCUCGGGGCCUUCUGCGGGGGGCUGGGACCAGAGCCUGGCUCUUAGGGACCCCUCCCCAGCGUUCUGGAGACCCCCCCCCCUCAAGGCCAGCACCCCUUGGGGAAAGCCUCGCCCUGCUCUGGACCCUGCUGAGGGUCAACUCUUCCAUCCCUCUGUCGGCACAAAGUCUGCACGAGCCCAAAUUCGGGGAGCUGGUGGGUGCACCCCGACUGCCAGGACCCCCCCAGGACCCCCCUCCUGCUCCUGCCUCAUCCUCCCAGCAGCUUUUUCCCCCCCAGGGGCUGGCAUUAAAGGCCCCAGUGUGGCUCAGAGUGGGGGGUGGUGGGCACAGCUGUGGGCUGUUGCAUCCCAAUGUCAGUUUUAAGGGAAAAAAAGAGGUUUUUUAGGACCUGAGCUGUUCUCUCCUGCCAGGAUCCUUGGGGAUCCAGCAGCUUGGAUGGAGAUGGAUUUUAGGGAAAGGGGCUUGGGAGACUUAAUGAAGGAUAAAGAACAAGACGACGAACUUAGACAAAAUCUUGUUAUUUAACACAAAACAAGGAAUGCCCAGUGGGAUAAAUACCAUGGGAGAUUUAGGAACAUGGAAAAAACUCCCAGGAUAUUCUGGGAUGGGGAGCUGGGAGGGAUCCCCCCAAACCCAAGGGAAAUCCCCCCCAACCCUCCGAAACUGCUGCUUCCCUCAUACUUGUCCUUUGAAAACAAUAAAAUUCCAUAAAACCCA